AUGUCGGGUGUAACCAAUAUGAGUAAUGCGACGUUUACGGAUAUUUCGGGUAAAACUACCGAAAGACUCAUACAUAACCAUCCAAUGUUGAAUACUCACAGCAAGAGUCCAAUGACUCUUCAGCGACAAGAAAUCAAAGAACGUUUGGAUGCCACACCAAACAACAAAACAAUUGUUGAUCUCGAUGAAAUCAUCGAGAAAUGGGUAUGGAAAAUGUGGGAGUUAUCAAAACGAUCACGUGAAGAUUCGAAAUAUCGUCGAGAGGAAUUAGAUGUAAAAAUCAAUUGGAAACGCGUGAAUUUCUGGCAAUCUGAAGCUGUUUUUACCCGACCUGCUCAAUUACGUAUCCCCAAAUCACAAAUCUUGUUUCGUACACAUUUCUCUAACAAUACUGAAAGCGAACAAGAGUAUUCAUUACGUGCUGAGCGAUCAACAAUUACGACAUUGACAUUCGCGUUUAUGCGUGGUUUUACGAAAGAAAAAGAAGGGACAGUAACAUUGAAAUUGCCAAAUGAAGUACUGGAAGUUGGUGGAGGACUUCGACAUGAACAACGAGUUGAUUAUGGAAAAGAUUCAACAUUUGAAACACAAAUGACUUGGUCAGCCGAUUCAGCGAUUCGCGUGGCACCACACUCAAAGGCGAAUGCUGAAUUAAGUAUUACUGAGGAAGAAUAUUCAGCAGAUUUCUCUGUUGAAGUGCGUUUCAGUGGUCGAAUCUCAGCAAUGAUUAGUGCGCGAAACAAUACUGGAGGUUAUUAUAAGUACAUGGAAGGUGACUUAGCGACAAUUUUCGCCGAGCAAUUACGUGCAGGUGGAACAGGAGCGAGUGCUGGUCAAUUCGAAGUUCACGAACAAACUCAAACGGUUCGAACAGUCAUGAUCGGAAAAUGUGCAUUUCGAUAUGGAAUUGAACAACAUGUCAAUGUUGAACAAGAAAGAUUGAACGAUUCAUCGACAUCAUCAAGUAGAACAAAUGAACCUCCACCAAGAUAUCGACCGCUUUUCACACCGACGAAUACUCAUUAA